AUUUUCUGUUCUCACAACUGCAGUUCUAUUCAUGCUCGUCUUUUCAGGCUAGCUAUAUGAGAGCUGUGAAGGCAUACAAUGACGGUGACUGGCAGCUCUGCGUUAAUGAAUUCGAAACUUCACUGAAGCAAUUUUUUGAGGAAGAACAGAAGUGCCGUCGUGUGUGCGAGGAUAAACUGAACUGGGAAACUUUUGAAGGCGCAAAUCCGGAAAUUACAAUUAUUAUCACAAGUGUAUUCUUAUCGGUGUUGCGGUGCAAACAUGACUGUGCCAAGAAGCUGUCUCGAGUCAACGGUCACGACGUCGUGAAUCGUGGACGAGAUGCAUGCCAGGCAGUCGCAAAUAGCAUCCUUUUGAACCCAGGGAACCCAAUAAUGCGCCGCAACAGACUCUUCUACUCGAAAACGUAUGAAAAAGACGAUCUUUUCAAGCCUUCAGAAGAGAUCAUUGAGUUUCACAAACGGUAUGCAAUCGAACGACUGUUUCUGACUUUCGCUGACGAAAGGUUCAAAUUCGAAGACAGCGAGUUGCCGGCAGAACGAGUGGACGAUCGCUUGCCGCUAGAUAUAAUAGUACCAAUCAACGAUGACUUCGACUAUUCGGCGAUCGACAGCGAACUUCUCAGCGAGGGCGAAUGUUCGACACUAGCAGUAGCAGCUAUAUUCGAGAGGAAGACUGCACAGCAGAAGCAGCUACUGGUUGAGGUGACCGAACGUGUGGCAACUCGUUACAGGACGCGCACAACGUUCCAUUCGUUAAGCUGCUCCCUGGAUCCGACCGCUCCACAAUGUCCCCGUCAUUCACUUAUCGUGUCCAUUGAUCGGAACAGUUGUGGCGCUUUUUUAACUGACCCACAACCCAACACAUGUUCUGUUAUUUUCUGUACCGGGUAAGG